UAAAAUACCUGCCAGGAAAAGUAAUCUUUCACAUUUCUGAUCUGGAACCGUUGCUAUUUUUGUUAUUUGACUCUGAAUACACCAAAACAUUUCGGAUUUUCCGUAACAGGGCUCUUGACCAAGAAAACAAGAUGGCGUCAGUAAACAGAAAUUUCGCAAUUAAGUCUUCUUCCAAUGACUUGAUUGUCAUCUGGUGGACUAAAGAUUGAACGUUAAAAUGGAUGGUUCUGGAGAUGGAACUACUCCACAACCACCCCAGAACCUAAAUGAAUUACAAAGUCUCUUGGUAUCCUUUAACAAGGAAAUAGAAGAUCAGCCAGUUCUUCCUACAGCUAACAUCGUUAAUGCAGACGAUCCUGUUUUCUUGGAAUCGGCAGAAGGUGAUGAUUCUACUCCGGGAACAGUGGAAGUAUCAACAGAGCAACCCUUCUCAGGAUUUUAUGCAGAACAGCAUGGUAUAUUGGAAACACCUCUGCAAGAAGAUAAUGAUAACUCAAUUCCUUCAAUUGUUGCGUCCUCUUCAAAUGAUAUUCAAAAUUCAUCUAUUACCCCAGAGUCCUUGGCAUCAGUUCAGAUGUCUGCUGGUACAAGUCAUUUAACUGAAGAUUUAUUACAACCCGGCCAGGAAAUGUCCCUUCAAGGUAUUCAGCCACAUGAUUUAGCAGCAUUGAGUCAGUCCAGUGGUAACGUGUUGAGAAUCGUGUCUAUUGGAAAUGAUGGUCAGAUGCAUAUUGUCAGUGAAGAGCAACUGCAGCAAGGAUCAGAAAUCACAUCUUUACAAACAGGUCAUUUGACUGGGCAGAUGUCUGACGAAAAUGCAGAAGCACAACAGAGUAUAAUUGAUGGAACCGAUCCAGUAGCAGUUCUCGCAUCUGUGGCAGCCAAUACCUCAAGUGUCAGCCAUUUGCAAACUGUUACUAUGAACCAAGGUGAUUUACACAACCCACAGUUAGUGGCCUUACAAAAUUCAGCAGAUAGUUCACAACCUCAACUGGUGGCCGUUCAAAAUGCUGACGGCACAUCAACAGAAGCAGUUCAGAUUAUUGGAGGAGCAGAUGGGUCGGCCUUGAGUCAAGCUUUGUUUCAAGGUGCAAAUAAUUCAUUCCAGACAGUAACACUUGUACCUUCUGAGACGGGGCCUGGCGGUGAAGUGAGUUAUGUGCUUAUUAUGUCACCACCCGAAGGAGAAAAUGCAGAUGGUACAGGCAUGUCUGUUUAUGAUUUCAAGGAAGAAGGAAGGGAAAUAACAGAAGAAAUUAUUGAAGAAGAUGGUAAAACAAGGAGAAUUCUAAGGAUCACUCCUAAGAAUGCUUUUAUCGGAAACGGACAAUUGAUGUGCACAUAUUGUAACUACACAAGUCCGAAGAGGUAUCUGCUUACAAGACACAUGAAAACCCAUUCUGAAGAACGACCCCACAAAUGUCACAUCUGUGAGCGAGGAUUUAAAACACUGGCCUCACUUACUAAUCAUGUCAAUACCCAUACAGGAGUGAGACCACACAAAUGUAAGAUGUGCGAAUCGGCAUUCACGACCUCAGGAGAACUGGUUCGUCAUGUUCGAUACAAACAUACAUUUGAAAAACCUCACAAAUGUAAUGUGUGUGAAUAUGCAAGUGUUGAACUGAGCAAAUUAAAACGUCAUAUGAGAUCCCACACGGGUGAAAGGCCUUAUCAAUGUCCGCAUUGUACAUAUGCCUCACCAGAUACUUAUAAACUUAAACGUCAUCUGCGUAUUCAUACUGGUGAAAAACCCUACGAAUGUUUAAUAUGUCACGCUAGAUUUACUCAAAGUAACAGUUUAAAGGCUCACAAAUUGAUACACACUGGUACUAAGCCUGUAUUUCAAUGUGAAUAUUGUCCAACAACUUGUGGUCGACGCACAGACUUAAAAAUCCAUGUUCAAAAAUUACACAUGAGCGAACACCCUCUCUUGUGUCGAAAAUGUGGACAAAAUUUCCCAGAUCGUUAUACUUAUAAAAUUCAUAUCAAAACCCACGAAGGUGAAAAGUGCUUCAAAUGUGAAUCGUGUGGUCAUGCUGCUUUGUCACAGCGCCAUCUUGAAUCCCAUCAGCUUAUUCAUACAGGGGAGAAACCAUUUGAAUGUAAAUCCUGUGAACAUGCAUUCCGGCAAAAACAGCUGCUAAAACGACACGAAAACCUUCAUCACACACCCAACUACGAACCACCGAGCCCUAAAGAUAAAGCACACGAAUGUCAAGAUUGUGAAAAAGCUUUCGCACAUAAAGGAAACCUAGCCCGUCACUUGACAAAUCAUAAUGAAGAUGGCACAGUAAACGAUGAGGAAGACGAGGAAGCCACUGGUGCCGAGGGGGAAGAAGUAGAAUCUAUAAACUCCCUAAUUGCUCAGAAUAUUUUGGAGAAAAACUUGAUGCAGGAAUGGAGAGAUGGUAAAUUAGGAAAUGCUCAACAAGUUGUUAUUGUACAUCCUGAUGGUACUGUUGAAGAAGUAACUCACAAACUUCAAGGUCCUCAAACUAGUCAACACUCCUGUCCACAUGGAGCUGGUAUUCCCCCUUGUACCCAUACCCCCACAACCAUACCCUCAUGUACACAUACAUCAACAACCACUGUAUCUCUCCCAAUGGUAUCAGAUACUCCAUCUAUUCCAGCAACUACAAGUACAAGUGAAGAGUCCGAACUGUUAGAAGUUAAAGGUGAUAUUAGUGAAGAAGUCAAGCCUGAUGUAAGUCAGAUUAUGAUAAAAGAAGAACCAGGCAUAGAAGUAACAGCUCCACAUAUUGUUAUAUCAGCCCUAAUAGAUGAGACAAAAGAAGCUGGUACACAAGCUGAACUAGAAUCAGAAGGGGAAGAUAGUAAUGAUAUUGAUAAACAUAAAAAUGUUAAUACUGGUACUGAUACAGAUAGCAAUACUCUUAAUAUUGAGCGUGUGGAUGUUGGUGAACAUAUUGAUGCAACCAGUCCUGACUUAGAGGAUUCAGAAUCUAAUGAUGAACAGCCUGCAAUGUUUUAUUCUCCUAUACCGAUACCUCUAGCAGAUAUAAUCAAACCAAGCAAUGUUGAAACUGAUGAUAUUCCUAUAGAACCUCAAGAAACCGAAGAAAUGAAAGCUGAUGUAUAUGUAACUGAACAAAAUAAACUUGAUGUUACUGAGUUAGCUGAAGAAAGUAAAACAUCAACACAGAAAUCUUAUACUGUAGUUAAACUUGUUUCAUCGCCUGAUAGACAAACAAGAAGUAUGAAAAGAAAAGAAAGUACAGAAUCUCAGUCACCCGCUAAAAGAACACGAAGAGCCACAGCUGAAAAAUCUUAAUACAGAAAUGAAAUAUUAAUAAAACCUCCGUUUAUGAUAAACAUACUGAAAUAUUUUUGUUCCCCCACCUUUCGAAGAAAGCAGAGGACUAGUGAAGUGCAUUUUGUCACACUUCUUGACAAAGGGAGAGUGAUAAAACGUGGUGUAUUGUUUCUCUUCAUCAAAACCAUGACUAUUCAAUCACAAGCAUUUUCUGCUCAGGUUUAAUAUAGAUAAGCAGUUUGAUCUCUUCAUGCUUUUCAAAAAGACAUGUGAUUCCUUGCAUCUUCUAUUUAUUUUGGGAUUGGGGGGGGGGGGGGCAUCAGCCACACUGUUGGAGUUUUUCUUUAAAGACGCAUUAUCACUCUCACCAAGAAAUAAAUAUCAUAUUUAAAAUAACCAUAGAUUCACCUUAUUAUCAAAACUCCUUAAAAAAAACUAUAUCUCUUCAAUUUUCUUGACUAAAUUGUCAUAAAGUGUACAUUCAAUCUUCAUCUCUGCAAUGACUUGACUGAAUUGUGAUAAGCCCUAAUGCCUCUUUAAAUUUGAUGACAAGGGAUACAUAUUAAAAAAAAUACAAAAAAAUGACCUAAUGAUCUGGCAAUUUGAUGUAAUUCAUUAACUAACAUUAAUCAAAUUAAUGUGUUAAUAAGAAUAUGUAAAUUUUGUAUUUAAUGUAAUAUAUGAUAUACAUGUACAUAUGCUUAAAAAGAAAAUAUGAAUAUAUUAUUAUUGUUAUUUUAUUAUUAUUAUUUAUGUUCUCUAGUUUAAUAUAAUUAAUUGUAAAAUAGUGAAUUAUUGGGAUGGGGAUAAAUUCUAGAAUGUUUUGGAAACAGUAUUAAUUAGAUAAGAUAUUUUAGUCUAUUAAUCAUGUCCAUUGUCCAUUAAUUAGCAAGACAAAUAAGUAAUUUGUUUAUUAUGAUCAAAAUGUAAGUAAAUUGAGACAUAGAUAUGUUAACUAUUAUACUGUUGAAUUCAGUAAAUAAAUAUUUCACUAAAAUGGCAAAAUUAA